GUGUCACGUGACCCGUCCUUUCGCCCGGUAUCCAUAGCGACAAAUGUCCAUAGUUACCACAUCCGGAAGUCUUUGCGUCCCUGGUUACCAGACCACAGCAAGAGGCGAGUUUUUUCUCGGUUUUGACUUACAAAUACUAAAGUAGUUGUUUAUCAUUUUUCUAAUACGUCGUAAUAAAUAAUUUAUAUAAGAAUAUGGAAAUAAUUAAAGGGAGUUUAGACGAGAUUUCCCGGGCCGCACCUACCGAGCACACAGGCAGCCGUGUGUCCAGCGUGUCGCUGCCUCACGCUGACAGGAUUUGUCCUACACCUCCUUUCUCUCUUGUUGUUUUGACCAACGAUGCUGCUGAUAUUCAGAACCAAAGCAGCUCUGAAGAAACAACGAACACCUCCUCAGACAGAGGCGAGGCUUACGCUGAUGUCACUGCGGAUGAAGAAGCCUCCAAACUCCAGAAAGAGAUCGAGGAAAUGCAACGACUUGACAAAAUACUGUCACAAAAGAUCUCCAGAGAAAAAGAAGUCAAACGUCAAAGAAAAGAACUUCAAGCAAAACUGUGGCAGGACAUCCUGGUACAGCUGCAGCAAAAUACCACAGGUCGCACACAAUGUGCUCAGGAGGCUCUGAACACAAAACUGUUUUUGGCUCUGGAAGCGCCUGCUGGGACAGAAGAGCAGGAACACUGCACGCCUCUGUUUGAGACUCAGGUUACUGACUGCGAUGAAGAUGACCAAGACUUAGAAAAAAGUGAAAAGACGCCGCGCAGCUCAACAGAGCAGUUCGAUGUCGGCCACUGUGGCAGCUCCAAAGGCAGGAAAACCCAGAACUUUGUCAAAAGAAACAUUGAGCUGGUAAGUGGAGGCGAGGGCCAAGUGCUUCUGACCCAGCCAGAGAAGGAGCGUCUGGCCAAGCUCCUCCGAGAACUAGAGGAAGAGGAAGAAGAAAGCGGCGGAGGAGGGAGCGAGGAAAUUCCGGGCCCGACGUCCCAGGGAUACAGCCCAGAGCCGUCCGACCUGCAGCAGCUCAUUCACAUUGAGUCCAGACUGCGCCUCCUUUCUCCCGAAGACUUUCAUUCUGCCCGGAGCUCCUGCACCAGCUUCAGCGGAUCCAGGGGCUAUGAGCUCAUCUGGUCACAGUGCGGCUGCUGAUGAGCACCCAUGGUUUUGAGUCCAGCAGAUGUGAAGUGGGAGAGCAGCGCUGUGCAGGAAACGCCCUGUUGACCAACACAAUGCGGUCAGAGGACACUUUGCAAAUUGACCUUAUUUCAUAUACUUGCACAGCAGAGGAGAUGCUGCUGUUAUGUUACAUACACGAUAAGGCUCGUAUGCGCGUCUCCAAAAUGAAACCUGUAAAUAAAAAGGCCAUAGAACCUUUUGACUAAUUUUUAAUAGUGCAGACAAAAACAGAAGCUGGUUGUCAGCAUUUACUGUAUGACUGGACUUCACGAGGUUCACUUGGCUCAGAGGAACAGGCUCCACGCCCUUCCCCACCCUGUAAUUCCCAUGAGACCCAGUUUAUUGUCUUCUCGUAAUAGCCUCUCCCACUGGUGCUGUCCACAGCAGCACUUGUGUUAAGUGGCUGAGAGCUUCUCUCUGUCACGUUAGAGCUGUUCCGCUCAUCAUCACACUUCCCGGCGGAUCCUCUACAGCAGCUAACGCGUUCACUGAUGCUUCAUCUCUGGCAUCUCUUCAUUCCCAUUCUUCACCAUAUGAGAGAUGAUGACCUCAUAAGUCAAUGAAAAUGAUUGAGGGGACGUUGUCUCUAUGUUAGUAGAUUUGCAGAAACGCGAGGAAAAGGAACAGAUGAGCUCCCAUCCACACAGCUGUUGAACUGGACCCGCUGCUUAAAGCGCUGCAUUCGUCGACAUUAGACCUGUAAACACAGAACCGCGUCCACGCUUCCAUGUAUGAGGGUCGGACAGAUAUUGUGUUUCACAAUAAGCAGUUGGCUUCACUAGGGAACAAGAAGUGCCAAAGGACGCUUGGAAACGUUUUCUCUCCAGAUGCUUUUGAUAAAUAUUUACUACGGUCUUGUUCUGUGUUUUUUAUUUAAAAUUUAUUUAGUCUGCGUCAUUAUUUGCAAAUGCCAGAAUGACCUUAUAUCAGCUAAAUGGUUCUGGGUGGAGAGAAUCCUAUUAAUCUUCUGAACUGUCUUCAGAUUAUGCUGAGAUACUGAGAACACACAGGUGGAGGCCAUAUUUCACCCAGAGUCACAGCUCACAGGCCAAUGUGAACGUAGGACGCACCAGGAUGUUUAGACUUUUGAUUCUCUAGAACCCUCAGUUCUGACAAAAAAUCUUCUAAGACUUUAGGAAUGUUAAGUAAUCUUCAGUCCAUUUAACUCCAUCCAAAGUAUUGUAUAUGUCACAAGGAGAAAACAGCAGCUGAAAUAAGGACAAAUAUCACAUCUGGCACAUUUGUGAGCUGAUGUCGUCUGUAGCUGAGCUACUGCUGGAGCUGCUGUGUUAACUGUGUUAACGUCAGAGAAAUGACAGAGCGAACAGAGGAGAGAGCUGAGAGCGAGGCCUGAGGUCGGCCUGGCAGGUGGCCUGCGUCCACGUGGCAGAACGUGAGAACGUGAGCAGGCGAAGCAGUGGGAGAGGAGCAGAAGCAGGAGGAGCAGGAGGAGCAGCAGCAGGAGGAGCAGCAGCAGGAGCAGCAGAAGCAGGGGGAGCAGGA